AUGAUCAACCAAGGCGCCUACAUGAGCCACACGUCCCCGACGUCCUCCGGCGGCCGAUCACGUUCUGGCCUGCCAUGGUUCCGGUCCUCGUCACUCGGCACCAACGCCAGCGCCGAUGAGAAGUUCGACUUGGACGGAUUGGGCUUCCCUGCGGCCGCUCCCAUCUCGGCGUCGUCGACGACCUUGUUCGAUUGGAAUGGUCUGACGAAACGAAGUCGUAUGACCAACUUUGCUGUGUUGCUUCUCGCCCUCGUCUCGGGCCUUUCGAUCCUUCUCAACGUUCGACUCUACCUCGACCAGCAGGUAGGUUCCCUUGUUCUUUGGCGUUUGUGCGGGAAUAUGCGCAGUGAUCACCGUGCUCAUAAUGUUGCUACGACCAACCAACAGAUCUUCCGACGACCCAGACCCGAUACCCUGGUCCCCCUAUCUCUCCGAGCAACCUUACCGACUUCACGAGCCCCGCUCAAGCACCUCGUCAUAAUCCCAGGCCACGCGAUCUGGCUCGGUUCCAACGCCUCACGCGCCUCCCUAGACCAAGACUGGAUUCUCGAACCCUUCCAAAAGAACGGCGAUGUCCGAGCCUACCUUAAACAUAUCGCCAAAGGCGCCGAGAUCGCCGGAAAGGAUCCCGAUGCAUUAUUGAUUUAUUCGGGUGGGGUGACGCGACACGGGGCGACGAUCAGUGAGGCGACGAGUUAUGCGAGGUUGGCCGAGGCCGGGAACGUGUACGAGAAGUAUUUGAAGCCGGCGGAGAAGAAUCUGCCUUUCGAACGAGUUACGACUGAGGUGAGGAGUUACGACGGGUCACGCGUGGGAAGGAAUUCGUGUUUGACCGCUCCGCAAAUUCUCUUGUAGGAUUAUGCGUUGGACUCGUUCCAGAAUUUAUUGUUCUCCAUCGCCAGGUUCAAAGAGUACGUUGGGUUCGUUUGUGGGCCAAAACGUUGGUCAAUCUGGGCUGACUUCUUGUACUUCGAGCAGAUUCACGGGCCAUUACCCGACUCAGAGUAAGUUUUCUCGCAAACGCUGGGUCGGAGAAGCAAAUUUUGAGAGCGGAUCACUUUUAUUUCUACAGUCACCACGAUAGGCUAUCGUAUGAAGCGCAAGCGAUACCAAGACGUGCAUCGUGCCGCUCUACGAUGGCCUUCGACAGCCUUCAAGUACAUCGGUAUCGAUAACGACCACGACGUCGAAGCCGACUACCAAGGCGAGCGACAAGGCGGUCUCGAACCUUUCAUCAGGGAUUCCUACGCUUGCAAAGGCGUUCUCCUCGCCAAGAGGAGGAAGAGGAAUCCGUAUCGACGGUUUCACCCGUACCAUUCUUCAGGUGCGUAAAGGGACGGAGAUUAUCAGUGAAGCACGCUCUGACUUUAUCGUCGCCGUCACCUUGCUGGCACAGUCCCUGAACUGGCACCUCUCUUCGAAUACUGUCCAAGAGGGAAUGCUUUAUAUUCCGGACGCUUACCCUGGGACUAA